AUGUCGUUUCAGAGUACAGCCCUUGCUCACUACACUGGCACUCUUAACGCGCUCUACUCGAAGCCCUUGAUAGAGCAUUGCACGAAGACCAAAGUUGCAGACGAACAUUCAAGUGGUAAAGCCUCGAAAUCGGCCGAAAUGGAAAAACUAGCCGAUGGCACGAGUAUGACAGCAAAGGACGAUCAUGAUCAGUUGGUAGCACGACUCAGGGAAGCAGCUUCCCGAGUAACGCAAUGGGGCAGUCAGGGGGAACAAGUCAUAAACGUCAAAAACAAGGAGGUGACCUUAGCAGAAAUGGCUGCGAUGUAUCGUCUGAAGACGCUGAUCUCCAUUUCAGCUAAUCUUGUUGAGUUAAUCACCAGAAUGAAAACAUGGCUUCAGGAAGAUUUCCAACAAUUUCUUCGUGAACAAACUCAAAAUGAGUACACAUCAGAAGCGAAUACAAGUUUGGUUAUCGCUAAUCCACGGGAUUAUAUUCCACCACUCGAAUGUAGGAUUAAUCAUUACAGAACAUGUGUUAACCUUAUUGGUAGUUCAUUGAUUACGAUCAUUCAAACAUACAUGAAUUCCAUUCCUCUUGAACAAAUAGACAUCAAAACGAGGGCCCUGCAACAGAGACUUCAAAACAACGUUCAGGAGGAACCGUUGAAAAACAAAAACCAUCCCAAGGAACAGCCAGUGAAAAUCAACGACAGAAAACGUGGGUUGCGUUUCGGAGUUUUCUUUCCAAGAAUGAAUCUCCUCAUUAGAAUGAGAACAGGGUGCAUAUAA